AUGGAUGGGUGGUAGCAGGUAAUACUGGUGGUUGCAUGCCCCCCUUGCUACCACAAUCACAAGGAGGCAGCUGGUUGGCAUGCCGUUGCCAAGAGGAGGGGAGGUGGAGGGUGGUGGUCGUCGGAGGAUCGGCGGCGGCGAUGGGGACGACGAUGAGGCGUGGCGUCGGUGGGCGGUGCUGGUGGCGACGGUGUGGAUCCAGGCGCUGACGGGGACCAACUUCGACUUCUCGGCCUACUCGUCGGCGCUCAAGUCGUCCCUGGGCAUCUCGCAGGAGGCGCUCAACUACCUGGCGACGGCGUCGGACCUCGGCAAGGCCCUGGGGUGGUCGUCGGGCCUUGCGCUGCUCCACAUGCCGCUGCACGGCGUGCUGCUCGUCUCCGCCGCACUGGGGCUCGCCGCCUACGCCGCGCAGUACUGCUGCCUCGUCUUCCUCAACCCGUCGUCGUCCCUCGCCAUCCCCUACCCUCUGGUGUUCUUGGUCUGCUUGAUAGCAGGGUGCAGCAUCUGCUGGUUCAACACAGUCUGCUUUGUUCUCUGCAUACGCAGCUUCUCCGCAAGCAACCGCCCCCUGGCCCUCUCCCUCUCAAUAAGCUUCAAUGGGCUCAGUGCCGCCUUCUACACCCUCUUUGCAAAUGCCUUCUCCCCCACCUCCCCAUCUGUCUACCUCCUCCUCAAUGCCAUCCUCCCCCUUGCUGCCUCUAUUCUUGCGCUCCCGGCAAUACUCCUCUGCCACACACAUGACAGCCACCUCCAAAGCGUGCCCAGGUAUGACAGGCGCGUCUUCCUCGGCCUCUACAUCCUUGCAUUCAUCACCGGCAUAUAUCUCGUGGUCUUUGGAUCUUUAAACACAACCAGAGCCGCUGCGUGGGUCAUCCUCACAGGCGCCAUGGUCCUCCUCGCCCUUCCUCUCAUCAUCCCUGCCUGCUCCAGUUGCUCAUAUGUGGAUACACACAGCAUCGACUCUGCACAUAAGCCACUCCUAGUCGGUAACCAUCUUCAGAAUGAAUCCAAUGCCGUCAUGGAAAAAUCAAUGGAGCAGCAGUUGCAGGGCAGUAAUUGCGGAACAAUACUGGAUAAGGGCCGCCUGGUGGUACUCGGUGAAGAACAUAGUGCAAAGAGGCUCAUUGGGUGUGUGGACUUCUGGCUCUACUACACAGCCUACUUCUGUGGAGCCACUGUUGGCCUGGUUUACAGCAACAACUUGGGCCAGAUUGCACAGUCAUUGCACCAGCAAUCACAGCUCACCAUGCUACUUGCUGUCUACUCAUCCUUCUCCUUCUUUGGUCGUCUUCUCUCUGCACUCCCCGACUUCCUUCACAGGAAGGUGACACUUGCUCGGACAGGGUGGCUUGCUGCUGCGUUGGUGCCCAUGCCAAUGGCCCUUUUCCUUAUGCAGAAGCAACAGGAUGGAAGCACUCUGGCAGUAGGAACAGCACUAAUUGGCCUAAGCUCAGGGUUCAUCUUUGCUGCAGCAGUGUCAGUGACCUCCGAGCUCUUUGGACCAAACAGCAUUGGUGUGAAUCACAACAUCCUAAUCACCAAUAUCCCGCUGGGCUCACUCCUCUAUGGCCAGAUUGCUGCCCUGGUAUACGACGCAAAUGGCCAAAGGAUGAGAGUAACGGAUAACCACACUGGCAUGAUUGAUACCAUGAUUGUUUGCAUGGGGGUGAAGUGCUACUCAACCACCUUCUUCGUGUGGGGUUGCAUCACAUUGCUGGGGUUAGCAUCAAGCAUAGUUCUAUUCAUAAGAACAAAACCAGCUUAUGCCAGCACUGCUAGUCGAUCAACUUGUAAGCACCUUCACCAACUUUCCAGACCACACGCUCGCGCGCCCAUGGCGGCGACCUCGCCGACGGCCACGAGGCCGGCAGCCGCCGCACUUAUACGAGUCCCGCGUUCUGGGAUCAAUCGCGUCUCCUUGCCCUGUUGCCACCGUCGCGCAACUCCUUGGCGGAGACCCCCGCGAUGCAGCCGUAAAGGGAAGCCGGUCGUCACGGACGUCGUCGAGGAGGAGGCACCAAGGGGCCCGGAGACUAAGAGGGAGGAUGACGAAGAGGCGGAGGCCGGCUCGCUGAGUGGGGCGCUGGGGUGGCUCAGGCUUGACGGGGUUGCGGCGGACAUCAUCAGCAUCGCCGUGCCCGCCGUGCUCGCGCUCGCUGCCGACCCAAUCACGGCGCUCGUCGACACCGCCUUCGUGGGCCAUAUUGGCUCGGCUGAACUUGCGGCUGUUGGUGCAUCUGCUUCCGUAUUCAAUUUGGUAUCCAAGCUGUUCAAUGUGCCAUUGCUUAAUGUCACCACAUCUUUUGUUGCUGAGCAGCAGGCUGUCGAUGCCAAUAGUUCUAGUACCACAGGACAAAGAGAUGAAUUUUUGACGCCACAAAAGAAGGUUCUUCCGGCGGUUUCAACAUCCUUGGCUCUAGCUGCUGGCAUUGGAUUGUUGGAGAUGGUGGCACUGAUUGUUGGAUCUGGGACACUAAUGAACAUCAUUGGUAUACCCGUCGAUUCACCAAUGCGAGCACCAGCAGAACAAUUUCUUACGUUGAGGGCAUAUGGUGCUCCACCAAUUAUAGUGGCACUUGCAGCUCAGGGUGCAUUUCGUGGAUUCCUGGAUACAAAGACACCAUUGUAUGCUGUGGGUGCUGGCAACCUAUUAAAUGCAAUACUGGAUGCUGUACUUAUUUUCCCACUUGGUCUAGGAGUAAGCGGCGCUGCCUUGGCCACAGUGUCCUCUGAGUACUUGACUGCGUUCAUCCUCCUUUGGAAGCUGAAUAACGAAGUAGACUUGUUUUCAUGGAAUAUCGUUGGAGAUGGAGUAAUUCGUUACCUGAAAUCUGGUGGACUGCUAAUUGGCAGAACAAUUGCAGUAUUCCUGACACUGACACUAUCUACGUCCCUGGCUACAAGGGAAGGGCCUGUUCCAAUGGCUGGCUAUGAGAUAUGCUUGCAAGUGUGGUUAACAAUUUCUCUGUUGAAUGAUGCUCUAGCCCUUGCUGGUCAGGCUCUACUUGCUAGCGAAUAUGCGAAAGGGAACUACAAGCAAGCCCGCAUGGUUGUAUCCAGAAUCCUGCAGGUUGGAGGUGUGACUGGUGUUGUGCUUGCUGCUACCUUAUUCAUUGGGUUUGGAUCUUUGUCCUUGCUGUUUACAGAUGAUCCAGCAGUUUUGGAUGUUGCCCAAUCUGGAGUUUGGUUUGUCACUAUUUCUCAGCCGAUAAAUGCUAUUGCAUUUGUGGCCGAUGGGCUCUACUAUGGUGUUUCUGACUUUGCCUAUGCUGCAUACUCCACGUUUUUUGCGGGGGCAGUCUCAUCAGUAUUCCUACUUAUUGCUGCUCCUAAGUUUGGUCUCGGUGGCAUCUGGGCUGGUCUUACUCUAUUUAUGAGUUUGAGAGCAAUUGCUGGUUUCUGGAGGUUAGGGAGCAAAGGUGGGCCUUGGGAAAUAAUCUGGUCAGAGAGUGAGUAAAGCACAGAUAUGACCAUGUAUAUUCAGUUGAUCUCAUACUGUCAAGUAAAUGGGGGAACUGCAGCGCAUAUAGCCCCGGACCCUGGGUAAUAGAAGACCUUUUGUAACAUUUAACAAGGUAGCUGAUGUAGCUCUGUGGAAGUAUAUAUGUACACAGUACACAUGUAUUUUGUGUAGGCUAGCUGGGCUCUCUUUUUACGCCUGGUGAAUGUAGGGGGCAUUUGCAGCUUUACACAGUGUUUACCAUGCACAACAAAACUGUGUUCCAACAGAAGGCCCUUCCUGUAAAUUUCGUUUCUGGAAAUCCUGCGUGUAAAUGAUUUGUCUAACAUUCUGGGAUAUGGAUCUGCUAAAAUUUUUUGGCAUACUCGGCGAUCCUCUGAAAUAGAAUAAUCUGAGUUGCAUGUU